AAGAUGAAACGCCGAUGGAAGUUGAUGUAAACGAUGAAGCAGCUGUGAUGAUGUUACCCAGUUGGAGUAUAAUCUCAAGAAUGGAUCAGUCUACAACAAUUGCCCUGCUUUUUUAUGUUUCAUCUGACAGAUCUCAAUAUUCUACUGACAAAAAAGAAAGCUUACAGAAAAGCUUACCACCAUCAAACCAACCAACUGUUCCCAUGAAGCCAUAUCAAGACCUACAAAGAUAUGGUUAA